ACCGUCAGUGCGAGAAAUACGUUCAGACGGAUCGGCCGUACGCGUAUCCGCGGUCGCGCUAGGCUUCAGAAUCGUUCCUCCUCAACAGUGCAUCCGCGAACACGCCGCAGGGAGAUCCCCGCGCGAGAAUUGACGAAACGAGCUCGACGAACCGAAAGGCAACAAACGAGGUCCCGAACGUGUCCCGCGAUACUCCGAGAAAAGCGUGGCGCUCGUACACGGGUGACGUGUUUUUAAGUGGAAACAAAAGAUGCGCCGUCACUGUUGAAUCUGCCACGGGACUCUCGCGCGCGAGUUCUCGCGAAAUUUCUCAACCCGCCCCAGGUCGCCCGCGAAGUGAAAACUGUACGAAAUUGCAACGUACACGAUGGAUAACAAGGGAUUUCAGAAUGAGGAUGAGCAACGGCGGCAGAAGAUAAAGAGGAUGUUCAGCUGGAGCGAUGGACUCCCACAUAGCGACGGAAGCGCGGGUGCCGAAGAUCUCACGAACGUCACGACGAUGCAGGGUAACGCAGACAGUAACGUAGACCUGACGGUGACGCCGAGCACCGUCCUGGCGACACCGGGCCUGAACAAUCCCACCUGGAAUCGUCAGCAAGCGGUCAGCGUCAGGCAUGCUUUCAAAAUCUACGGCAGCAGCAAGAAUCCAAACCAUGUCAUACAGAAUCUCAGUAUGACGGUAGCCAAGGGCUCGAUAUACGGACUGCUGGGCGCCAGCGGAUGCGGCAAGACCACUCUGCUAUCUUGCAUAGUCGGCCGGAGAAGAUUAAAUUCGGGCGAGAUCUGGGUGCUGGGCGGCAAACCCGGGACAAAGGGCUCCGGCGUGCCCGAAAGGGUUGGCUACAUGCCGCAGGAGAUCGCACUAUACGGCGAAUUCACCAUUCGCGAGACCAUGAUGUACUUCGGCUGGAUAUUCGGAAUGUGCACCGCCGAGAUCGUCGAGAGGCUGCGUUUCUUGUUACAGUUUCUUGAUCUGCCUUCGCAGAAUCGCUUAGUGAAGAAUCUCAGCGGGGGUCAACAGAGGCGAGUAUCCUUCGCAGUGGCUCUCAUGCACGAUCCUGAACUAUUGAUCCUGGAUGAGCCGACCGUAGGCGUAGAUCCGCUAUUAAGACAAAGUAUAUGGAACCAUCUAGUUCAAAUCACCAAAGAUGGUAACAAGACCGUCAUCAUAACAACGCACUAUAUCGAAGAGGCCCGACAAGCGCACACGAUCGGUUUGAUGAGGAGCGGAAGGUUGUUGGCCGAGGAAGCACCCAGGACUCUUUUACAAAUGUACAGCUGCGCCUCCCUCGAAGAGGUCUUCCUCAAGCUAUCCAGAAAGCAAGGGCAAUACGCUCAACCUCCGACAGAGCUGAAUAUCUCGAAUAACAUUAGCUUGGCUUCUUUAAAUUGGAGCAAAAAAGAACCAGUAUAUGUGACGGAGGAAUCCGGCGUUGUUGGCCUGAAUUUCCACCAGAGCAAAGAAGUCCUGAUCCACGACUCCACUAACGGAAUAGCGACUCACUAUGACAUGCAUGGCAAAGCGGUGCCGAGCGCAAAGGGAACCGUUCUGGAGUGCGACGAUUGCGGCAGCUUCACGGACUGUUAUAAAAUCACCAGUUGGGGCAAGAUCAAAGCGCUUUUGCAGAAAAAUUUCCUGCGCAUGUGGAGAAAUGUUGGCGUGAUGCUGUUCAUCUUCGCUCUGCCGGUAAUGCAAGUGAUUCUCUUCUGUCUGGCGAUCGGAAGAGAUCCCACAGGACUGAAACUAGCCAUAGUUAAUCAUGAGAUGUUCUACGAAAAUAUGAGUUGCCCCGUUUCGGAUGACUGCUCUUUCACGCAUCUCAGUUGUCGGUAUCUCAAUUUCUUGGAUAAUGAAACAAUGGUAAAAAUAUAUUAUCGAGAUCCAGAAUCAGCGAUGGACGCCGUACGCAGAGGGGAAGUUUGGGGUACUCUGUACUUUACGGAAAACUUCACGGACGCUCUCGUGGCGCGGAUGGCCUUAGGAAAAGAUUCCGACGACGAGACUCUUGAUCAAAGCGAGAUCAGAGUUUGGCUGGACAUGUCGAAUCAACAAGUAGGCCUGAUGCUGGCGAGAAACCUUCAAUAUUCGUACAGAGAUUUCGCCAAGGACCUCCUGUCGUCUUGCGAGCAGAAUGCGAAACUGGCCGACGUGCCGAUUCAAUUUAAGGACCCGAUUUACGGCACCAACGAACCCAGUUUCACCGACUUCGUAGCGCCCGGUGUAAUUUUGACCAUCGUCUUCUUCUUGGCCGUCGCGCUGACGUCAUCCGCGUUAAUUAUCGAGAGAAUGGAGGGUUUGCUGGACCGCAGUUGGGUGGCCGGUGUGUCACCCGGCGAGAUUUUGUUCUCUCACGUGGUUACACAAUUUGUGGUGAUGUGCGGUCAGACGGCUCUGGUGUUGAUCUUUAUGAUCUUGGUGUUCGGCGUCGAAUGCAAGGGCGAUAUCGGUUGGGUUAUCAUUCUAACGAUACUUCAGGGACUCUGCGGCAUGUGCUUUGGGUUCGUGAUUUCAGCGAUUUGCGAACUAGAAAGGAAUGCCAUUCAACUUGCUCUGGGCAGCUUUUAUCCCACGCUUCUUCUCAGCGGUGUAAUAUGGCCGGUGGAGGGCAUGCCGACGUUCCUGCGAUACAUAUCGCAGGGUCUGCCGCUGACAAUGGCAACGACCGCCCUGCGCUCCAUGCUGACCCGCGGCUGGAGCAUCACGGAGCCGGACGUCUACAACGGCUACAUCUCCACCAUCAUCUGGAUCAUCGUGUUCCUCACGAUAAGUCUGCUGGUGCUGAAGUUCAAGCGCGGAUAAGAAUGAACUCUCGUUCUCGCGUCCAGACUGUAUCCGGUGUACAGUGCCUUGCGAACAUUGCGCGAAGAAUAGAUGGCGGAGUGCUGAAUUAGAAAGGAAGUGUGUUCCCGAAAAAGAGAAACGAGUCGUGCGGCGGCAAACACGCGUCUGACCGAUGGACGAGACGAUCAGGACUGGUUCCUCGCGUUCAGGAUCUUUGACGCGACGUCAGCGAGACCCCCGACGUUUCCACCGGGAAUCGAAGUGAUUUUUCGAAGACGGUCUUCUUCUCUUAUGUUUAUUAUAGGCGAUGCUGUAAAAUUAAGGAAGCGGGAACCGGAACUGAAUGAAGACUGUAGAUGCAAUUGAAAUAUCGACUGCCAAGAUUGGGAAACUUUUGGACUUUUUCCUCGAACCGCACUGCCUAUAAAGAAGCUCUGCUAUUGAAGAAGGAUUCUUCUAUCGUCGAAGAAAGUUGUUCAACUAAGGAAAGGUCUUUCCAAUUACCGCCAUUAUCUUGGCUUCGAUUCCAGGUGUCGACGUGUUGCCGAUACGAUCUCGUUAGCACUCUCCGCAUCGAAUGGAUCUCUGAUCCAUGUGAUGCUCUUGUCCGCACUUAAUGUGCUUCUAAAGCUUACAUGUUGCAUGUUUGUGUGUGUCUAUCUGUGCUAUCUGUGCGUGUGUACGUGUUCGUGCGUGUGUGACGAGAGAAUUCGAAGGGAUGUAUAACGCGCGAUACUGUUGCGUGCGAAUGUGCUUGUUUAUAGGAACUCUAUUUUUAUCUGAAAAAAAGUAGCGCGGUUGCGCGAGGAUACCGCCAGGAUUCUCACCGUACCGUGAGAACCGACCUCUUCUCGAGAGUUAUGAUCGAGAAAAAUAGAAUAGAAAGGAUGAGCUUUUUAGCAAUUCUGUUGGUUCGAGGGUAUAAUAAGAAAUAAACCUAUUUUUUUUAAUACACCGAUAUCUUUUAAACGUAUUGUUAAAUACGGUCUGUAAAAAUAUAUGCUAAAGGUGUUCUGCAAAAUUCGAACGUGUUAUAAAAAAAAUAUUGCAAAGGAAAAUAGCUUGAUGUGCUUGAUGUUUUGAAAAAAUCUGUCUAUACUGCAAUUUGUACAUUUUUCUUCGUAAAAUCAAUUAAAAAAGGUGAUUGUAUAUGGUUCAAUAUAUAUGGAUAGAAUUUAAUGUAACCUAAUAUUUUUCGGUAGAUAGAUAGUUCAAAAGAUGAUAAUACCACUUGAUCUAAAAACUUCUCACUAAAAUGUACAUUGUUAUUUAGUUUUGCAAUAGUUCUGAAUUUCUUUCUACUAAAAAAAUGAUACGUUCCGAACGUGUCUCAUUUUGAUUUAAGCGUUAUUAUAUUUUAUCUUAUUGACUUUUUCAUGCUCUUUGAUAAUAAUUAGUAACUGAAGUUUGUAACUAAAUUUGAUAUUGUGCCUAUUAAACGGUAUAUAUAGUCUAUUCUUAAAUUGUAUAAAUAUAUUUUAAUAUUGCAUAUUUAAUAAUUUAUGCCCAAUUUUUAGGAAAAAUCCUUGUUUUUUUUAUAAAGAAGCCCAAUGUAGUCCGAUUAGUAUAGAACACUUAUUACUUUUUGUUAUUUUUUGCCUAUUGUUUCCAAUUUAGAAAUAAUUUCUAAAUCGGAGAAAGAAAAAGAUCAGUUGUGUCCUUAAAAGUAUUUUAGAGUCAAUCGCUCUAACGCAGAAAUCUCGAAUUACAACAAAGAAAAGACGAGAACUCUGUUACUUGCUCAAUAUGUGAUCGUUAAAUAUUGCAAUAUCAAUAAAUACGUUUGCUGAUUUAA